CUGGUUGCCACACCCAGACGUACAAUCACAUCACCCAGGGGCUGAUCCAGAGUGCCAACUAUCCAUUUAACUACUCCAGUUGUGAGGCUUGGAUGAUACAGUCUGACGGACUGAACAUCACCAUCAGCUUUGAAGACUUAGACCUGCCAAAGGCCAGCAAUGGCAGCUGUAUAGACUUUCUCCAAAUUGGACCCUUGCCUACGACCAAAUUCUGUGGGAAACUAGAUGACCCGAUUCCCAAGGUGUACAUUUCACAGCGCAGUCACGUCUGGAUGUACCUUCAUUCAAGCCCUGGACGCUCACAGUCCAGGGGGAGGGGCUUCUCUCUGAGAUAUCUUACCAGAUCACCUAGAUGUGACGGCAGUCAAUUCCACUGUGGUAACGGAGCCUGUAUAUUGAAACGGUGGAGGUGUAACUCUUGGAAUGAGUGCGGAGACGGAAGUGAUGAAGUGAACUGUAGCGGAGGCAUUAUAAAGCCCACACCUCCUCCCCCUUGUGGCAAGGGGACAUUCCUGUGCCGGAAUACUCAGGGAAAAUUCACCUGUUUCAACAACUUACAGAUAUGUGACGGAACUAGAAACUGUCAAGAUGGAAGUGAUGAGGAGAAUUGCGCAGGUUCCACAUGCAAACACAUCAUGGACCUAGCUCUCCCUGGGACCAGCUCUAUGGCAAGCUGUAACGGCACCCUGACCAGCCCAAACUAUCCACAGCCAUACCAAGCUGAUCAAACCUGUGACUGGCUCAUACAGGCACCUGCCGGGAAAAAAAUACAGCUACGUUUCCAAGCGUUUGACCUUCAUGAGGACAUCAAUGCAGAGUUUGUGACAGUUUACGAUGGUCGUGAUGAGAGGAGUGGUGUAUUAGGGAAAUACACAGGAACCGGGAUCUAUAAACCUCCAAAAGUGAUAGAAACCAGUUCCAAUGAGUUGUUUGUGAAGUUUGUGAGCUCUCCUGAUUAUUCCAAGCCGAGGGACGGGUUCCUAGCUAGAUAUCAGAUAAAGGGGUGUUGCAUUGGUCAGCAGGAGAAGUGUUUUCAAGAAGAAGACUGCUAUGAACCAGAGGACCGCUGUGAUGGCACUUGGCACUGCCAGCUACAUGGAGGGGAUGAGAGACAGUGUUCAGCAAGCUGUUCAGGAGAUCGUCACUUUUCUUGUGGACACAAGACGACAUCUUGCUACUUAGAGAAAGAACGCUGCGACGGCACGGUUGACUGUAAGGUAGAUUUUGGUGAUGAAAGUAAUUGCGACCCCUUGAAAUGCGGUCCCCACAACGGCACCUUCCUGUGUAGAAACAAGAAAUGUAUCAAGGAACGGUGGCAAUGUGACGGCACUGAUGACUGUCAAGACAACAGUGAUGAGGUCAAUUGUUCAUCUUUGCCAUCCCUAAGAGUCAUCAUUGCAGCGGUAAUUGGCUCACUUAUAUGUGGGCUGCUGUUAGUUAUAGCACUGGGCUGUACCUGCAAACUAUAUGCUCUGCGUAUGAAUGAACAUUACGGGACCAGGAAUGAGACCCCCAUGACACGCCUUCAGGAGCUCUUCAAUGCUCGCCCUCCUCCACCCAACUACGAUCGUGCAAUGGUAACGUCACGCCCAUACGACGAAGUUCAGCAGGAGAUGCGGGCACAACUACAGGCUGCUCAAGAAGCAACAGAACAGCCAAGUGCCGCAAGUGGAGGGGGCAGCACUAUGCAAGAUGGGAAUGCUAGUUCCAAUACGAGUUCUGCAAAUUCGUCAAACAACGCACAGCACAGAGACAUGCUUUUAGUUUUUCCAGAUUCAACAAGUAGUGACUCGGACUCGGAGACUGAACUAGGAAGGCGCAUGAACCAAGUUAAUAUCUCUUUAGAUUCAGACAUCCAGGCAAGGUGGAGAAGGAAAAGGAAGAGUAGAACUAGAAGAGGAAAUGGAGGUGGAUCAAGUAGGGAUUCAGCAAGUCAAGCAUCUGGCAAUCCAGCAGGAUCGUCGAGGCAGGACCCAGGAAGGGGUGACCCAGAUCCAAAUAGGACAGACGCCUCUAGUUUGUUAUCUGCAGGCGAUACUGCCAGCACCUCCACUUGUACAGAUAGUGUGAUAGUCUCCAUGUGUGAAGACAACCCCAAGCCAGACACAAGUACAAUACAAACAAACCCAACUGAAGGGGGCGCUUGUGACCUAACUGCUCAAGAUGAACCAAACCAAUGUGUUACACCCAACAUUUUAACAAAUCAGAAUGGUGAGGCAGUUGCCAGUGAGAGCUGCCAAGCCAACUCUAGUAACAUUGUCAGUGACUCAUCCAGUGAAACAGCUUUAUUACACAGCCUUGGUGCAAAUGCUGAUGAUGACCUUCCAUCUAGUUCUGAUCUUUCUUCGUAUAGCCCAACACAGUCAGCUGAAGAGAGCCAUGGUCCAUUAUCUCACUCAGAGACAAGUUACCAGUCAAGACCCAACCAUGGAACAAUGGCAGAGGAUGAGGCAGCCACCCAUCUCCUUGCUCCUGAUGAUUUUGACUGUGAUGAUGAUGAUGUCCCACUGUUAGCAUAAAGAUGAAUAAGAAUUUUUGUAGAUUUUAGGAGGAAAGGUUUUAUUUGUGCUUAUUGUUAUCAUUAUUAUUAUUAUCAAAAAUCAAUUGUAAUUGUGUGUUCAAAGAUAAUUUAAAUUUUAACACAAACAUAUAAUUUUAGUCCAUAUUUUUUAAACAUGACAUUUUGUUUGACUUUGAUUUUAAAAAUAGAGGGUAAAAUUGCAAUUUGCUAAUCGCAAAUCAUAUUAAGGAUGUUCAGUUCCAAAAAAAAAAAAAAGAAAUGCAGGAUCUGCUUACCACUAAAGAAGUUGAUUUUUGUUUAAUUACUAAAGUGUUGAAGAGGAUUUAAGCAGUGCAGAACAAUAAAGUAAUGUGCAGGGUGGCCGUGAUUUUGAAAUAAGGAGCCCAAGUUUCUUUCCUUACUGAGAUGGGCUCCAAUAACAAAAAUCUGAAAAAAAAUUAGUCCAAAAUUUACAUAGGUAGUCCAAAAGACAGCUAGCCAAAUGCCCUGGUAAUGUGUAAACAAAAGUAAUAACAACUGAAAUUGCAUGACUUAUUUUAACUUAAGAAAAUUGAUGAUCUGGCAUUUAAAUAACUGUUAUAUUUAUAAGCUCUUUUUAAUCCUGAGUCACUGGUGGGAUGGUAAAACAAGACUGUAAUUUGUAAGUUGGUUUCACAAGAAGCUACUUAGACAUUUCUUCUUCACUGCCAAUUUUUUCAAAGAAGUUUAUAAACACAGCACAAAUACACAAGCAAUAGAAGUUGAUAUUCUAAAAGUUUUCAGUAUAGUUUCAAGAUUAAAACACGGUCAUCAAAUGGGGAUUCUCCACAAGGAGAAUUCUGGAUUAAGUUAUUGCUAUUUAAAGUUAACAAGAGGUUUUUAAUUCACUGACAAGUAAUAUUUGUGACAUUUGGCACAUUGUUUUUGUAUGAUAUGCAUAAUGUAAGCAUCGUACAACUGAACAUUUUGAGGGGCAUGUGUCACCCACCACAUCAGGAUUCACAGAAUUUUUUCUGUAGAAUGGAAAAUGCCCCCCCCCCCCCCCCCUAUUUUUUACUUGUCAGACGUUUAGGUUCAAUGGAUGUAGAUUUGAUGUUUAAUUUUGAACAAAUGCAAUAAAAUGUCUGUCGCCCUUACGAGUCCUCCAAGACACUAGUUUACAUAUGUAAAUAUAAUUUAUCCUGCUGUCAAUUUGACAGCAACAGGUGAUUGUUAUCAUGUUAAUUAAGCAUCGUACAACAAUUAAACUGCAAGCAAUUUUUACAGUACUUGUAUAGUGUACAAAAGGUUGACUUUGAAAUAUGUGUUAAAAUGUUGACUAUGUAUUGUUUUUGUGUGCUAUUUUCUGUAUCCUGGAUGUUAUAGGUAAUGCACUAUAAUUUCAUCCAGUUCGGUUCAUUGAGUAUGGUCAAUUGAAAUUUGAGUAAAUUGACAAGUCUUAGAGUCUUUUUUUUAAAGCUCUGUUGCUCUCAUCCCAAGGUUAAGAAAUUAUGAGAAACUUAUCUCUGUUAUCAGCAAUUACUAGACACAGCAAGAGGUGUGAUGAUGAUGAUUACUGGGUUGGUUGGCUGGUUUCCAGUAAAUUUUGAAAUUUAGAUUGGUUUCACAAAGUCAGCACUAUUUUCUAUUGACAUACCAGUGAUUUGGGUGAUUUACUGGUAAAUUUUAGCAGAAGCAUUUCAUUUUAGAAGUUAGGAAAGGCUGUGUGAAACUGAGCAAGGAAUUGAGAGAGAUGGUGAUCAGAGAUUCUGCUCAAUUCUUAGAUUCCCACAUGCUGAAUGUGCUGAUAGAUGAGCAGUGGAGGUGCACCACCAAACUGUGGACCAAAAACAUCAGAUUUUAUCAAAAGUCUUGUUUUUGUGAAGUUUAAUCAUCAUCAGUUGAAAGAUGUGGAUUUUUGCUGCUUUACAUGAUCAUGAGUAACUGGUAGAUUUUAUUUAUUAAUAAUAGCAAUAGCACUGUAUAUAAAACAUUGAUUUACACCCUUAUUUAAGUGCAAUGUAUUUGCAUUUUUGCACAUUAUCCUAGAAUUGAAAACAAAAGACAUCAUUUAUAUUUCAUGUAAUCAAGAAUCAAGAAAUGGCAAUUACUUACAAAAAUGAAUGGAUUUUUUUUUUUUUUUUUUUUUUUUUUUUUGUUUUUUGUUUUUUGUUUUUUCCCCACUUUUUAUUUAAAGCGAAGUAGAUAAAAAGGUGCUUUCUCAACAAUAUCAACAUAUCUGCUUUUCUGUUCUUGAACUGAUGACAUGCAACCAGCAGAAUAUAUAAUUAUGUUCAUUUUAUGCACAAGCUUACUACCUAUAGGAAAUUGUAUAUGAGUGAUUUGAACCUAUGGUUGAAGCCCAUUUAUGUGGUCCAAUUGCAUAUUUAGCAGAUCAGGCAGGUCCCUUAGAAUAGACUUUUUAACAGGAUUUUAUUUAUUUAUUUAUACAAUUCAUAUAAUCUGUUCUCUAUUUUGCCUUAUGGAAACAUUGUUUUUAUUAUUUUUUUAUGUGAUGGAUACUUACACUCUUUCAUAAUGGAAUUAUAAAAUCUGUUGAAAUUCUGAGAAAUAAAAAGUCAUGUUUAGAGUUGAA